UUACGGUCUGGAGUUCAGGGGUCACUCGUGAACGAGCGUUGUGGAAGUGGACGGUUCUAAACUCAACUGUUUAUUUAUAAUCUUUAUCUUUACCGAUUUAUUCAUGAGCUACAUUAAAAACUGAUUCCCUCAUCUAAUAAGUCUGCAUACUUUUUCGCUAUUUUGACAACUAACGUCAAGAACCUGAUCUAGAACCUUAAACCUGAUCAACGGCAAACUGAUAAUUAAGUUGUUCGCCAUUAAGACUUAUUUAGUUUUCUGUUCAGGUGUUAUAAAGAUAAGAGUUUCAGCUGCUGGUAGAAAUAUAGAAAAUAUACUACCAAAAUGCAGGAAUUAAUCGCGAGUGUCGAUCAUAUCAAGUUUGAUCUAGAAAUUGCUGUAGAACAACAGUUAGGCGCUCAGCCACUGCCUUUUCCAGGAAUGGACAAGUCUGGCGCAGCUGUGUGCGAGUUCUUCAUGAGAGCUGCUUGUAUUAAAGGUGGAAUGUGUCCUUUCAGACACAUCAGUGGAGAAAAGAGCGUGGUGUGCAAGCACUGGCUGAGGGGCUUAUGCAAGAAAGGAGACCAAUGUGAAUUUUUACACGAGUAUGACAUGACAAAGAUGCCUGAAUGUUAUUUCUACUCUAAAUUUGGGGAGUGCAGUAAUAAAGAGUGUCCAUUUUUGCACAUUGACCCAGAAUCUAAGAUUAAAGAUUGCCCAUGGUACGACAGGGGUUUUUGCAAGCACGGUCCGGAUUGCAGGCACAGACACACAAGAAGAGUCAUCUGUGUAAAUUACCUUGUUGGCUUCUGUCCAGAGGGCAAGUCAUGCAAAUUUAUGCACCCAAGAUUUGAACUCCCUAUGGGUGCAACUGAACAGCCACCCUUACCACAACAGGCACAGUCUCAGCAAAAGCAGCAAAACACACAGCCCACAAACAGGUCAUCACAGUCACUCAUCCAGUUAACCAACACAUAUGUCAACAACAACCAGAGAAUGCCAAAUUCUGUUGGGAUUGUGCACUCUAACAACAUGGGUGGAACUCGUGGCCCUCGUCCACUUGAUCAAGUUACGUGUUACAAGUGCGGUGAGAAGGGCCAUUACGCAAAUAAAUGCACAAAAGGACACCUGGCAUUUUUGAGUGGACAGUAAAGUUUUCUACAAAAAAGGAUCUCCAAUAAACAUGACAGUGACUUGCAAAGUGAGAUAUUUAAUUCCCGGUACAUUAAAGAAAUAGUUCACCCAGAAGUGAAUAAUUGCUCAAAAUGAGCUCACCCUCAGGCCAUUCAAGAUGUAGAAGAGUUUGUCUUCUUCGGAACAGAUUUGGAGAAAUUUAGCAUUACAUGACU